UGAGGAGUGAAGUAAGAGGUCGCACUAACUAUGGGAGUGGCCGAGUGGGAAUUGAAAGCAGCAGGCAGCAGAGCCUCGCACUCCGCUCUCCACUCACAGUCUUGCGUUGCCAAGUUUUCCUGCACACCAUUAAUCAUAUCGAUCAAGAUUCUCUCUUCCAACCCUCCGCAUCUCCAUUUCAGGUGGGACUGUAGAAUUUUGUAGGAAUGAGCACUGAAGAGAAUGGGAUGAUCAUCUCUCAGCCGCAUCAUGGGACUACACAAGCUGUUUGUCCUAUUCCGAAUCUGGAAAAUUCCUCAGGGAUGAACGAAGAAACAUCACAGGGCAAACAGUGGAGAAAACCAAAUCUUUUCUUGGAGAUACCUAGCAGAUCAUUGGAGGUGACUCCUCAAGAGUUCAUGGAGAUAAAGAUGCCUCCCACACCAACUCCGACCCCCAAACGGGUGAACUUUGUUUUAACACGAAGCCCUUCUGAUUCAAGACUACAUGGAUCUUCCGGACCCUCCUCGACCAAAGGGAAAUCAUCCAUCAGGAGCAUACUGCCAUGGUUAAGCUUCAAGAACCGGAGUUCUAAUUCAGAGGUCGAGAAGGCUGCCAAUAUCGACUCAGGUUGUUCAACGAUGGUUCCACAAGAUAAACUAUCAAUUUCCCGGUCAUGGUCGUUGUCAAAAAUUUUCACACCUAGAAUUAAGAGGACAUCAUCCUUGCCUGUAACUCCAUUUGCAAAUUCAAAUCCAGAUGCUGCUCAUAGUGGAAGUAUAAACAGCCAUCUCGCACUUGAUACAAGCGAAGGUUGGCGCAUAUCCCGCUCGCUUUCUGUACCUGUUAUCAACAGAGAAAAGGGCAUCCAGAAAAUGAAUUCUUUCUUCCGUGUGAUUCCCUCAACUCCCAGAGUGAAUGAUCAGGACUCUGAAGUAUCAACUGCUCCAGCAGAAAAAGAUGAUGAAAACAAUGAAGCGAAUGGUGAAGAUAUACCUGAAGACGAAGCCGUUUGCCGGAUUUGCUUUGUUGAACUAUGUGAAGGUGGAGAGACUCUUAAGAUGGAAUGUAGCUGCAAAGGUGAACUUGCUUUGGCUCAUCAAGAAUGUGCCGUUAAAUGGUUUGCCAUUAAAGGUAACAAGACAUGUGAUGUUUGCAAGCAAGAAGUUACAAAUCUGCCGGUCACACUUCUACGUAUUCAGAGCUCUAUAAAUCGCAAUACUGCAACAAGUAGCAUUGAGCAGAUGGAAUUCAAUGGAUACAGGGUUUGGCAGGACUUGCCGAUUCUUGUCAUUGUUGGUAUGCUUGCCUACUUCUGUUUUCUCGAGCAGCUAUUGGCUAGAAAAAUGGAUAGCAGCGCAAUUGCCAUAUCAAUUCCGUUUUCUUGUGUACUUGGCCUGCUCUCAUCUGUCACCUCUUCAGCUAUGGUGAAGAGAAGAUUUGUUUGGGUGUAUGCAUCAAUCCAAUUCGCUAUCGUGGUUAUCUUUGCUCAUAUCUUCUACAACUUGGUCCACGUGCAAGCAUUCGUUUCGAUCCUGCUGUCCACAUUUGCGGGAUUUGGAAUUGCGAUGAGCGGAACAUCAAUUCUUCUAGAGGUCUUGAGGUGGAGAGAACGAGGCCGUCCUGUCACAAAUGAGAAUGAGAUGAGUAACAACACAAGGCCAAAUCCUAGUCAAGCACCUCCACCAAGUCUAAUAGCAACACCAUCGCACAGCAGUCCCAGGCCUCAACGAGACGAUGUGGAAAAUCCAGAAACUUCCAGUGGAAGUUAAUGCAAAGAAAUUGGUCUGUUACAAAUUGAUGAAGCUGAAAAAAGUGAAGGUUUCUUGCAUUCCGAAUGCAAAAAUAGCAGAUACUUGCAAUAUCUUUGCCUAUUGUUUUAUCUCAUACUUUGUCCGAAGAAAUGGCAGCCCAUUAUCAAUGGGGCGGGCAGUGGUACACACGUAUCAGGCAUGUGCCAUAGCUCAGGAACGACGAUCGGUGAUCAAGUACACGAAUGGAGUAAUCGGGAUCAUACCCCAGGGGGGUUUGAAUUGAACUGAUCAGGGCAAGUCUUUUGGGCAAAUUUAUGCAAGUCUCUGCCUUCUUGCAACCAAAGAUUGUUGAUCAGCAUGGAGUAUUACUAGCUUGGAUUUUUCGAGGUCAUUUUGGUUGUUUGGAAAGGGUGCUGAAUUAGCAUGGAGAGUGAGUGAUUGUGUGAACAAACAGUUAUUGAAUGGAAAACAUGAAUCUUUUGGGAUUGAAAACCCUUUUGAAACAUGAAUCCAACUGAAGAUGGUUGAACAACGACAUCAUGAAUCCAAAGGAAGAUGGUUGAACAACA